AUGCCCUCAUUACGCACACUGUCCAUCUGCACUGAACACGUACCAGCUAAGAUAACCGAUCCCAUUUUAGAGGUAUUACUCGCCUCACUUGUAUUGUCUUCCCUUUCCUCUUUCGAACUGUCAUGUGGUUUACCUUCAAGUUCAGGCACGGGCUAUUACAGCUGGCCUUCAUCGUUACUCACCAUUCUGCAACAUUCAUCUGCGACUCUACGAUAUAUGUCGCUUCACCUUGAUUCCAGAAAUUCCUCAAAAGCUUCUUGGGGGCGCCUUUCAGUGUUACUCAAAACAAUCCCUCACAUAAGCCACCUUCAUUUGAAAGAUUCGGUAACAGAAAAGGCUGGUAGUAACCAACAAUCAUCUUCUUGGGACGACUUGAUCGUAACUUUUCUUUCCGACCUCGCAGAUGUAGGGUCCGGAAAUCCUAUCCUCCCGGACCUCACACAUUUGACCUUGACCAACAUUAAUGUCACUCCUGGCAUCAAGAAUGCAGUUGUUGCUACAGCAGCCUUGAGAAUUCCUAGCCGGCUUUCUGUUGUUGGCAAUGAUGUUCGUGCAUUGGAGGAGCUAUGGGUUAUGCCUUGCUAUGCUGAGCCGCCGAGUCCUGAUGUCCUGGAAGUAAUAGCGGAGUUGAAACGGGAUGGGGUGAACGUGUUAUUCAAGUCGGCGUAG